AUGGUCUUUCUUCUGUUUUGUAUUCUUCUGAUUCCACUUUCGUUCGCAGGCAAAGAGUGCGUUUGGAUACUAGGACGUGUCCAGUGCGAACGCGAUCCCACAAAAAAUCUGAACGUUGAGAUUCGCGUGUGGGAUCGUGACGCUCCCGGACCGCUUAAGCUCAUCGAUCCGGACGAUCUCAUGGGUGUAACGUUCUCAGCAGAUGAUGGACGGUUUCAACUGGAUGGAUGUGGUGACGAUUUCGACUGGAUUCCUGGUCUGUCGAAUAAGCCGGAGCCGUAUGUAGAGAUCCGUCAUUACUGCAACAGCGAUGAAGGCGAGGUGAUUAGUCUUCCCGAAUUUCGAGUAUUUGUGCCUAAAACUCACGAUAUGGGAACCAUUGUUCUUGAUAAGCCCAAAGCGUAA